AUGGGUAGGCCGUCCGCAGCCCAACCUGAGGCGCCGGGUCAACGUGCAUCACUGCUUGUCUCCGUGUGGACCGGCCGAGUCCGUUCCCCAUCAGCUGUAGGUAAACAAGGCGAGCAAGCGCCCCCCAGCCCGUUAAUACCAUCGUUAACCCAAGCCACAGCGGUUGGCAGCCCAGUGGGCGUAGCGCUGACCGGGAUGGAGCAGCCAGAAAAAGGAAACAUGCCGUCUGUGAUCAUCGAUCCGCCCGCAUACCGGUUCGGUCACGUGAUGCCACCCCGGCCUAUGAGCGAAGACCAGACUAUCGUUAAAGUACCGUCAUUUGCUGGGGUUGGCCUUACUUUGAUCAGGUUUGAACCAACCUCUCUAUUCGGUGGCUCGCUCGGAACGAGAGACAAACAAUUGCCAGAUCACCUUGCCGACUUCCUUGUUCAGACCGGUCGAGUUCCCACCUCGCGCAGGCCCGGCCCCGAUGGCAUGCCGAGGUAG